CUAUAACAACGUUACUUAGCAGCUUGGGACUUGUAGUCCGUUUUAGUUGAUACAAACGGUCUUUUGAGUACUCUGGUGGAACGGCUAAACUACAAUCCUUAAACGUUGCAAAUUGUUCAUUACAAACGACUAUUUAUCGCUGCAUCGGGGAAUGUAGUUUUUUAAAGGAAGGAAAUACACGAGGUCAGGUGAAAAACAGCGAGGUUUAAACUACAAGUCCCAGCGUAUAUCUCACCGGCCCACCUCUUCACUCCCUGCUCCCUCCCUCGACCGCCCCUGUUUUGUUGUUUGGCUAAAGAUGGCGUUAGCGGCUAACACAGGCGAUUGCAUUUUUUUCCACAAAAAUUAUUCGGCCAGUGGGAGUGGACCGAAGCUGUUGGAACUCCAUCUCCCAUCAGCGACUGCGGUGUCAGGGACUGAACAUCAGGGGCAUGGCAAGGUGGACUCAGGUGGAGGCAGAGAGGGGGACAAGAGGUCCAGGGUCUCUCAGUGGCGAGCCCUGGUCGCUAUCAGGACGCAGCACAUCAAGGGGGACAAGGCUUGCCAUUGCCCGAUUCAGAACCCAAGGGGGUCUCCGGCUCCUGUUGGACCUGCUCAAAACCCAGACUGCUCGAGGAAAACCCUGGACCUGGCUCUGAGCAUCCUAGCAAACUGCUGCACUGAGCUGCAAGACACGCUACAGGUCCGUAAGCUUAAUGGGAUACAUAUCGUAGUGGGGAUCCUGAAGGAAAAUAUGGCCCUGGACACCGUCCAGAACCGAGCAGCCCGGGCUUUGGCAAACUUGGCCAUGGAUCCAGUGAGCUCUGCACUCAUCCACUCGGCUGGUGGUGUUCCUCUUCUUCUCCUGUGUGUUUCUCUUUCUUCCGGCCCGUCCUCCCCCACUGCUGCCCCACCCAAAGAGCCCUGUCCUAAACUAGAGUGUGCUCAGUCGGCCGCUCGGGCUCUGCUCUACCUCUCAGAUACGCACUCUAACCGCCUGUUGCUGCUCACCCAGGGGGCCUUAACGGCUCUUGCCCCCCUCAUCGUUCCAGAAUACCCGCUAGGGCUGAGGCGGGCGGCGCUCAGGACCAUCCACGAGCUGACACUCGGCUGUGGGGUUGAAUGUGCCAGGGAGGUGUCCCGUUCUGGAGUCCUCGCUCAGCUCGGUGUAAUGGCGUCGGGGCAGUGCGGUAAACCUUUUGAGGAGCUGGCACUGAAAACGCUGGCCAACAUGUGCUCCCAGGGCUGCCUUCGCCCUUUCGUGGGGUCACUGGGGGUCAUUCAGAACUUCACUGAGGAGGUCAAAAGGAUCCCCUGAAGUCUGAAGUCUUCCUCAAUGGCACUGUGCUUGUGCUGCAAGGAGGCGGUCAACCGCGCCAAGGUGAAGGAGAGCAGUGGAUUAGAGGUGCUGAUUGGCUUUCUGGCUGCCCAUCAGAGUCAUCCCCUUUCCCAACUCGCCAUCCUGGCCUGUGUAGACUUUGUGUUUGAUGAAUCUGCCAUGGACCAGCUGCAAGAGCUAGGCCUGGUCCCUCUGCUUGUUGCACGACUUGUUGAGCUCACCAGAGGCGAGGAACAAUCUGCUGAGAAGAUGGAUAUGAGCAUGUCUCCCACCGAGCUCCUGUCCUCAUCAUGUUUCGACUCAUUUGACUUUCCCUCUGAGGGCUGCAAGAAGGAGGAAGCAGGAAAGGAGCAAGGUCUCGGUUCAUCGAGCUUUUUAAGUCUCAGGUCCUGGUUGGUGUCUGAGGGAUUGAUUUCUUCAGAGGAGGACCUGCUGGAUUCCUCUGGUGUUGAAGGAGAAUGGGGGAGUCUUCAGAUCCCACCGUCUUCAUCCCUCAAACCUCCUCUCCAAACCCUGAUUCCUUUUCCUCUCUUAAAAAACUCUUCUCCAUCAAACCCUAUGGCCUCUUCUUCUAAAAAGGCUGCUCAGCCUUCCCCCGUGUCCUCUUCGGCCCAGCCCCAACUGUCAUCCUCAUGUAAAAUCACUGAACCCUCUAGUUCUCCACCUUGCACUGUGCUCACACCGCAAACCCAGCCCAGUUCUUCCACUCUCUCCUCUCCCAUUAAAACCACCCAAACACCAUUCUCUCCCUCAAAGUUCUUAUCCCCUCACAGAAGGAGGCAGCGUCCUCAUGCGGCAGCUUGUUUGACUAAAGUCACUCUUGAUACCCCUCCGUCAGUGCCCCGCCAGAUGGCUUACAGCCACCCCUACCACCCUGAACCCUGGACGCCCGAGUCGCCCAUCCUGCUGCUGCUGUCGCGCUUCUCUCACGCCACCGAACCAAGUGCUGCUCUGAUCAGCUCGGGCGUCAUGUCCGGUUUGCUUUACUACCUCACCCAGCACCAGGACCCCAGCAGCAGGUGCUUCCGGAUGCUUUGCAGGCUGAGCUGCAACCCCAACUGUUUGCAGGCACUGGUCCGAACCGGCUCGGUCGCGCUGAUCCGCCACCAUCUCUGCCAGAGAGGGGGAGGAUUUCAGGGAGAGGAGAGGCAGACGGACCGGGUGAAAGCCAAAGUUAAACAACUUGGUUUUGCUCUCCUUAAUAAUCUGCGUGUCCAGUGUGAGUCUGGAUUUGGCUCUGGGGUUGUUGCCCACGUGAUGCUGUCAGGCUCCGAGUCCGACAAGAUGAACUGUGCGUUGUCUCUGCCAUUAAUCAGCAGCAACAAGUCCUUGUUGAAGAAACUUCUUCUGGACAGCGGUGGGCUGCUCUUGGCUCUGCAGCCUCUUGGUUGCGAUGAUGUGGAUGAAGACCACCCCACUGAAGGUGGGAAGUUUCUUUCUGAUUGGUUUAAUUCUUCGCAUUCAGGCCUGACUUCUCAGCUCCACUCGCUGUUCUCCUCCCUACUGAUUGAAUGCCUGUCCACCCUGGCGGUUGGCAUCAAAAUGGAGCUUGACAAAAAACAUCCAAGUCCAGUCAUAACGCAGAGAGUCAGUAAAAUUGACAAUGUUUCAACCCCUCCCUCGAAAAGGCCUCGCCUGGCCAACACCUGUCCCUACGGCGUCUCGAACUUUGACCUCCUCUUGUUGCUGGACGGUGGGAUUCAGGUCCGAGCCAACAGGGAGGCAGUAGCCAGGGAGGAGGGGACGGACGGGAUCGGCUCUCAAUACUUCUGGGCUCUGUUGAGAGGCGGAUUUGGAGAAGCUCAGAGCAAUGUGGAAGAAGCCAUCCGCAUCAAAGAUGUCAGCACAGGUAUGCUGCUGCCAGUGCUGCACUACCUGCAUGGAUGCCGCCUCACCAAGGACACAGGAACGACCAGGGAAAGCGACGAAGAAGAGAAGGGAGGACAGUGUCCGAUCUUGGACAAAUUAAUCCUUGAAGGACUUGGGAUCUGCCAAAGAGAGCGAGGGCAUUGCUCAACAGAAGACUUUGAUUUCCAGAAAACUGCUUUAGGCGAGAUGAUGAUUGGAGCGUGCAGAUUUUUGGUACCUGAGUUGCAGAGAGAGUUGGAGGGUCUUUGUGUGUCUCUACUCCUGUCCUGCUCCACCCGUCCUGCUAGUCGAGCUGCAUCAGCUCCCACACUGGACAAAGCUGAGAAGGCUGUAUCUAAAAUGGACCAUGAAUGCACCGAGUCUGCUGAGGAGAACCUGGCGAAUCGAACAUCUGAGUUAGAGUUGACUGGUUUUGAGGCGCAAACAGAAAAUCAACCGGGACAGACAAAGAAACCAAAUAGUUCCCAGCAUCAGACACACAGAAACAAAACCGGAGGACUCGAUACAAGUUCGGAUCUUAAGACAAUCAAAAGGGCCACUCCAGUUUCCAGAUCAGUGGUGGACAAAUCACUUGAACACGUGAGUUGAGGAAGACCAAAGAACUUGAAAAGUUCAGAACAUCGUCUGAAAUCAGCAGCGCAGGACUCCUUUUCUUCCUCAGGAGGAGGUGGGCCCCUGGCCGCUCUCCUCCCCCAGAUGUACUGGUUUUCCCAGCGGUACAGCUACCCAUCACUGGGUCGGGCCUGCGUCUCUCUGCUGCUGGGUUGUCAGGACUGUCCUCGGCCCUUCGUGUCCUCCUCCCUUGCUGGGAUUUGUCUUCACAGACUUGCCAGAGAGGCCGACUGUACGGAGACUCUGAAACAGGAUCUACUAAGUCUGGCCACAGUAGCUCUGAGAUGAACGAGGAGGGAAAUAUUGAGUAGAGUUGGGUGGCAUGUAAGUGAAGUGAGAGUCGACUGCGGGGCUUAAUAUCAGCCACUGUAGUUGUUUUCAUUAAAAAAAACUGCUGUAUGAAUUUCUUGAGCGAUAACAGAACUGACUGUUGAUUUAUUUUCACAAGGUGGAAGCAUAAUUUCAAUUUAGUUUUCAUGUAAACUGUAUUCUGUCCCAGCAUGACAUAAUUGUAUUAUAAUUUACUAAUGACAUUUGCAUUGUAAUUUCUUUCUUUUUUUGUGGAAAAAGUCUUAAGAUGGAUUUGAUGAUUGUCAUUUAGCUGGAAGUACUGGAAUUAUCAGGGUUGGUUUAGUAGCCAGUUGUUUAUUUUGUACAUAGAGAUAAUAUGGAUUAGCAGAUAUACAAUGUAUAGAUUCCAACUGUCUCAUGAAUUUAUGCCACUGAAUAUAUUGUUGGAACAUCA